AUGAUUGAAUCUGCGCAGCCACUGGACGCGGUUCCACAGACUGCGAGGUCCGCUGAGAACAGCGAUGGCAGUCGUGCAAGCCAUAAUGACACUUGUGGCAAGAGCAACGCGAAAGCCGCGACUUACACUGCAAGCAAGGGAGCCACGGACUAUCAGGAGUUGAUUUACCCGGAAGGCGGCGUUGAGGGGUGGUUCGUGGUUCUUGGGUCACUCUGCGCCAUGGUGUCGGUCUUUGGUCUGCCAAACACAGCAGCAGUCUUUGAGGCUUAUUUCUCUGAGCACCAGCUUCGAGACUACACUCCUUCUCAGAUUGGUUGGAUCUUCUCAAUUUACUUGUUUGUUACCUACUUGGUUGGUGUUCUAGCAGGGCCUAUAUUUGACAAACAUGGACACCGCGUUCUUGUUGCCAUUGGCAGCAUCAUUAUGGUCAGCAGCCUCGUCAUUUUGAGUUUCUGUGAAGCAUACUACCAACUGAUUCUGACAUUCUCAAUCCUCGCUGGCUUUGACGGGGUCUAG